GAUGUUCAAAGCUCACGUAUUGUUGUUGCUCUUAAUUCUUAAGCAUUCCCUACUGUGUAGUACACCAUCAUUUAAUAACAAUGUAGUUAACGUUAAUAAAAUCAUCAAGGAAAGGAUUAACGGUUGCAUAUCACCGGAAACGUUGAAAUUUAAAGGCAAAAUUGAGGAUAUAACAAUCACUUUUCAAAAUCUACCAGAUUUAAAUGGCGGUGCGAUACGAGAUAUUUCAAGCAAAUUUAAUAUCACUCUUCACGACAAUAAUAUUGGAAGUAUAAAAUCAGAGGCAUUUUUCAACCUCUCCGGCCUCGUAGGAGUCAACUUGUAUACAAACAAAAUUAAAUUGGUCAGUACAAAUUCAUUAACAAAUUUACCAUCUUUAACUUCGAUAAGUUUGUCGUGGGAUAAUGAAGUUACCAUCUCACCAAGUGCUUUUAGCAAUCUUCCUCAGUUAGCCCAAGUAAUGUUGGACUUCAAUAAUUUAGACACCUUUGAGCAGGAUUGGUUUGAUAAAACACCGAAACUUCGCGAGCUGCAUAUGAUAGGAAAUCAUUUACGUACCAUUCCAAAAGCGGCUUUCACCAAUUUACAAAGUAUUAAUCUGCUAAAUUUCCAAGGAAAUAAAAUUGAAAGUAUUGAUAAGGACGCUUUUAUGGGACUUCGAAAUUUGAAUAAACUUAUUUUAAAGCAAAAUAAACUGAAGAGUUUCGAUAUCGACUUCCACACACAUUUAAAAUUGACUUACUUGGCAAUUGAUUACAACAAUAUUACUUUUAUACCUGAUAAAGUGCUGGAUACAAUCCAGUCCCACUUACUCACCAUUCAUAUUGUCGGAAAUCCUUGGCAAUGUGGAUGUUUUCACAAGCUAAUCAGUUGGGGUGCGAAGAACGCAAUUACAACAUUUUCUCAAUGUCCUAACCAAGAGCUUGUCUGCGUCUAUCCCAAGACCAACCCAAACGAAUGUAUUGAGCGCAGCGAUGACGAUUUUUAUAGCGAGGCUUGGACACCUUUCGUCGUGGACACGUUGUGCUACAUCAUGAACGAGCCAUUUUUAUAAUAUGGUUUUAUUUUAUUAUUUAGUAAUACUGGGGGGACCUGGGGUGGAACGGUACCCGUACCUACUUAAUCUUCAAGUAAAAAAAGUGACCUACAUGGUCACCAUAUUUUUUUAAUUUUAUAAAAAAUGUGUUAACUUAUUGCUAUAUUUGUUCACAAGUUGCAAAAAUCUUAGUUUUUGUUAAAAUGUUAUGAUUAUUGUAAAACCCGUGCAUGGGGUAGAACGGUGUAGGUACACAUUUUUUUGUAAUUAAAUGGUUGGUAAGGUGGAAACAACAAUAAAUAAACAAAAUCUAAUGGUUCUCAACUGUUAUAU